CCACUAAUACGCAGCAUUCGGCAGAGUCCCGGUCGCAGCACGCGCAUUCCUUUCCGUUCAAGUGAUCACUCUAGCUAGCACACUAGAGAGAGAGAGAGGGUAGCACAGCUUUGACAGGAUGCAGACGGCGAAGGUGAAGGCGAAGGACAUGGCGAGCGAGGCGAAGGAGAAGGCGAAGGAGGCGACAGCCAAGAUGCAGGGCAAGACGGGCGAGGCGACGGCGGCCACGCACGGCGAGAAGGAGAUGGCCAAGGAGGCGGCCCGCGCCAAGAAGGACCAGGCCAGCGCCGACAAGCACCAGGAGAAGGCCGAGCACCGCGUGGACGCCGCCGCCACGACUGGCCGCCACGGCGCCGGCGCCGGCGCGGCCGUCGACCGCGCGUACCCGUCCGCCGGCACCACGUACCCGGCGUCGGGCAAGUACAUCUAGGUGACUGCGUCAGAUGAGGCCGGCCGGGAUCGUCGUGUGGUCGCACUUGCGUUUUUGUGUAGCGACCGAGAGAUCGAUCGGCUGGCUGUACCGGUAGCGACUGGUAGAAGCUGGUGUAUGUGUGCACGUGCACGCAAGUCGUCGUAGAAUAAAAAUGGCCUAGCUGUUGUCAAGUUGAACCUUGGUUAGUUGUUUAAUUUCAAAAUGGUCUAGCUGUUGUCAAGUUGAACCUAGUGGUUAUUAGUAGUUUAAUUUCAAAAUGUAAUCGUCGUUGUUCCUUCCAUAUCUGUGUGGUACUGCUGUUUCAAUCUCC